AUGGCACAAAACUCAGGACCCAAAUCGAAAUGGAAGGUCGGGUCAUUUCUCCAGCAGGCAGUUGCUGGCGUGGAAUCCAGACUGGAUAUGAUUUUGGCUGAGGAGGAGAAUCAGAAGCCAUUGUCCAGGACUCCUUCAGUCAAGUCGAAACAGAAUGAAAGCCCAGUACAGUCUACAACUCCACAACCCACUACAGCCACUGUAUCGCGGAGCUCCUCCAGUGCGCGCAAAAAUGAGCGCCUCCAGGAACGACUGGCCCGCGCUAUGGUCAAAUCCAACGCUGCCGGAAACACAGCGGCUCAGUCUCCAUCGAGCAGGGUCUCGUCGCCAGCCAGUCCGGUACUGGGCAACGGCACGCGAUCAAGCAUGGAUAAUGAGUCAACCGUUGUUUCCUCCGUUAACAACCUAGAAGACCGUCCCAGUAGCCCCUUAGUGCGAGAUACGGGCUCUCUAGACCUACCAGCAGAUACUAGACCCAGCAUUGAUUCCGGUAUUGCGUCGCGAAAUUCGAAGGAGCUCGUCGCAUCGCUCGUUGAUGAACAUAUGCCGCGGGAAGAUAACGUACAGGCCGAUUCACGCUCAUUGCAAGAUUCGACAGCAUCCGAGAAACUGUCCGUCAAGCUUGAAAGCCCACGGGUAUCGCAGGACUUAACGAACGUCGUCGCGGAAGUCGCAUCCGAUUCUAGUAGUGAGGAUCCUGUAGUUGCACAACUACAGGCGGAUCAUAAAGCAGCAGAGUCUCACUGGCAGGAUGAAAUGCACCUUUACAUUGAACGGAUUGAUGCACUACAAUCGAAGCUGAAAUACUUGGCUAAAGAGGCCGCCGAAUCUGCAAAACAGAAUGCCGCAUCGGCCGAGCCCGGAAGUGUUGAAAAGCAGCUCUGUGAGAAGGACGAGAAAAUUGCGCUGUUGCUGGAAGAAGGACAAAAGCUUUCCAAAUCCGAAAUGGAUCAUCGCACCGCGCUCAAGAAACUUCGACAGCAGCUCGCAGAGAACUCAAAGAUGCAGGUCGAGACCAAAAAGAGAACAGAUCGGCUGGAACGGGACCUGGCAAUUUUCGAGGCAAGAGCAAAGCGGGCCGAAGCUGCUGAGAAACGGGCUACCGACUCGCUGUCCUCUCAAACAAAGAUCGCGCGGGAUCUUGAGGCAGUCACCAAUGAACGCAACGCAUUAAGUCAGACCGUUCAAGAAAUGAAAGCACAACUCGCUCGAGCGGUGACUCGUGCUGAGACUGCUGAAGCCAAAGCUCAAUCGGAUGCGCUUGCAAAGGAGAAGCAGCGAACAGCACAGCUUGAGGAGGAGCUUGCGAGCAUCAAGAUUGAGCGCGAGCUCAGUGAGGAGAAGCUCCAAAGGGAAAAUGCCAGCCUUAGAGACUGUGUUGAGCAAGAGAAGGAGAAAGCUAGAAUUCUCGAGACUGAGUUGAAGGGUGAGCAGUCCGUCUUGGAAAGCAAGAUGGAAUCGCUUCGCUCAAAAGCCGAAGAAGCCUCAUCCGGUGCCACAAGCGACGCUCAAGUUAAACUCCUACGCCAGAUUGAGACUCUACAAACCCAAUACUCUGUAGCGAGUGAGAACUGGCAGACUCUCGAGGGCUCUCUACUCUCGCGAUUGGCGAACGUCGAGAAAGAACGUGAUGAAAUCGCCCGUCGUGAAGGAGAGAUGCGACGAAAGAUGCGCGAACUAAACCUCAAAGCGAAGAGGCUGGAAGAAGAACUGGAGAGCACCAAAGAGACCGAGCAUGAUCUGGAAAGCAAACUUGACGGGCACCGACAAGAAAUCCAGAAGCUCGAACAAAAACUCAAAAAAGCAGCAGAUGACCUUGUAUCCGCUCAAAGGGACUUUGCAGAGCAGAAGAAGGUGUGCGAUGCGACUUGGGCGCAGAAGCUUGAGGAUGAACGCGCAAAAUGGCGCGAGCAGAUGCUCCCUCCCCAUGGCUUCCUUCAACAGCCACACACGCAAUCCCCUGUCGCAUUCAGCCGUAGGCCGAGCAACCUGGACACGACUGUCAGUUCUCUAUCCGAUCACAGGCCCACGAGCCGCCGUUCCUCCACAUUCCACGGCCUAGCCUCCGAUGUAGCAACACCACCGCGCCAGAACUCUCUUCCCGUGCCUGUUCUGUCUCCUCCCAUGUCGUCAAGUGUGUCAAUCCCAUCAAUCACCGAGUCUCCGUCUAUCACGUUUGAGCCAGACUAUUUCUAUAGCGGCUCCGCCACCCCAGCCACCCCUUCCGCUUACGGGUUCGCUCCGAGUCACCAAUCUCGAGGGAUCAACGACCUCAUCUCAGAGUCAACCGUGGGCGCUGGACCAUCUGUCCAGCUUGUUGAGCGCAUGAGCGCUACAGUUCGCCGCCUGGAGAGCGAACGAGCGGCAACCAAAGACGAACUCGCGCGAUUAACCACGCAGCGUGACGAGGCUCGGAAGCAAGUGGUUGACCUCAUGCGGGAGUCUGAGGAGAAGAAGGCAUCUGAUGCUCGCGUGCAGGAACUAGAGGCCAGAUUGGAAGACUUGGACCAGCGCUACCAGACCACGCUUGAGUUGCUUGGUGAGAAGAGCGAGCAGGUCGAUGAGCUUCAAGCCGACAUUGCCGAUCUCAAGAAGAUCUAUCGAGAGUUGGUCGACAGCACCAUGAAAUGA